UAGAGUCUGAUUCAGCCACCGAAUGUCCACAACUGCGAGCUUCAGUGGAAAAUGGAGACGUGAAACAGAAGGAUAUACACCAAAACAAUGGAGCAUCAAAUUUGCUUCGACUGCCUUCAACGUAGAAUCAAUUCCGAUUUCUCGGACCGACUUCUCUUCUCUUAUGGCCUAUCAAAUUCUGCUCUCCCUUUUGGCUCCUCCGCUGUCGUACAGAUGCCGAAUUCGAAUGGAGAGCUAUCGACUUCAGCUUCUCAGUUCAUAUUGAGGCGGUUGAACAGCCAUGAACACGAUUGCUUGACUAAAUACAUUGAUGAAUAUAUUAUACCAAGUGUUGAAGACAGUCACAUUCAUAGUAUUGAUGAUAUUUCAUUAGCUGAAGUAAGUCAAGAACCAGCUAAACUUAGGGAUCCAAUGGCUUGGACAAGUAUGUCACAAUCUUCAUUAAACCGAUCUUCUCAUUUGCUGAAUGGUGACACCACAGCAUCCAUAAAUCCAAAGGAUACUAAAAGUUCCACCUGUACUCAUUCUAGUAGGUUCUCAUGUCCUCGUACGAUCAGUGCAUUGGCCCCAAUUGCUCAUUUUGAUACUUGUUCAUACAGUGUCCUUAAAAGGAUUGCUUCUAACUUUUCAACCAGUUGUCUAGAAGAUCAUGUACUGUGCUCACUUAGUCUCUUGAUUGAAGGAAAAGCUUCUGGGCGGGACAGUAUAAAUUUUCUACGUUUGGUUGGGUUUCCAUCAUUUGAUGAGAGUAGCAUCCCUGGGUCCCUAAGGCAUCCAAAUAUAGCUCCUACUCUUGGAUACCUCAAAACAUUCGGGCAUGUAUAUUCAGUGCUUCCAAAAACUCCUUAUACUUUGGAAAGUAUUUUGCAUUACUGUCCCAAUGUCUUGAAAUCUGAGUGGCAGAUAAGGUUUUUGGUGUAUCAGCUGCUCUCUUCCCUUGCUUACUUACAUGGUUUAGGUGUUUCCCAUGGUAAGAUACAUCCAUCUAAUGUAAUGCUUACUGAUUUAUGCUGGUCUUGGCUAUACAUUUGUGAUAAGCCAAAAUCAAGAUUUAAUUCAACUUUGAGAAAAGGUGAAAGCAAACACCUCGCUACAUCUUCCAAAAUAAGUUGCUGCAAUGAUGGCUGUUCUUCUCAAGGAUUAUAUGCAGAUUUGAAGCUUUCCCCAUAUUUUGAUUGGCAUACACAAUUUGAGCUGUGGUGGAAUGGAAAGUUGAGUAAUUUUGAAUAUCUACUUGUCUUAAACAGAUUGGCUGGGAGAAGGUGGGGAGAUCAUACAUUUCACACUGUAAUGCCAUGGGUAAUUGACUUUAGCACAAAGCCCGAUGAUAAUUCUGAUUUAGGAUGGCGGGACUUGAGCAAGAGCAAAUGGCGGUUGGCAAAAGGUGAUGAACAGUUGGACUUCACCUAUUCAACAUCUGAAAUACCACAUCAUGUGUCUGAUGAAUGCCUUUCUGAGUUAGCAGUCUGCAGUUAUAAAGCUAGAAGGUUACCCUUGAGUGUUCUGCGUCUGGCUGUUCGUUCGGUCUAUGAACCUAAUGAAUAUCCCUCAAAUAUGUUAAGGCUGUACCAAUGGACACCUGAUGAGUGCAUUCCAGAGUUCUACUGUGAUCCGCAUAUUUUUUAUUCUCUGCACUCUGGCAUGGCCAAUCUGGCAGUACCUUCAUGGGCAAGUAGUCCAGAGGAGUUCAUUAAACUGCAUCGUGAUGCUUUAGAAAGUGAGCGGGUCUCUUGUCAAAUUCAUCACUGGAUUGACAUUACCUUUGGCUACAAAAUGUCUGGACAGGCAGCUGUGGCUGCCAAGAAUGUUAUGUUGCCUUCAUCAGAGCCCACAAUGCCUCGGCCUGUAGGACGUCGUCAGCUCUUUACUCGGCCACAUCCUGUACGUCUAGGUUCCCUGAGGAAAAAACACAGUGCUACCAAUACAUCUGCUGCGAAUAGAUGCUUGUCAAGUACAGUAGAGAGUGAGACACCUCUUCUUUCUGAAACUGCUUAUUUACAAGCAUUAGAAGAAACAUCUGGAUUUUCUGAACAUGCUGGUCACUUGAGUCCACAGUAUUAUUAUGAUGCAGAAAACCUUGUGAAGGACAUGUUUUCAGGUGAUGAAUCAGUCAAUGAAAGUAUUGAGAAAAGUGUAUCUAAGCCACUUGAAAUUGGUAAAAACUAUGGGUUGCAAUGUAAUAUUAAUUUAAGUUAUCUUCUUGAGCAUAUGGAGGUGGAGGUUGAAAAUACCAUGGGAUACCAAGAAUUACAGCAUUGGAGGCGACAACCGUCUUAUUCAAAGAACUCUAAAGAAGAUUUUUCGAAGGACAUUUUUGCUAUUGGAUCUGUUUUAGCGGAACUUUAUUUGAAGAGGCCACUCUUCAAUUCAACCUCAUUAGCUACCUAUAUUGAACGAGAUAUAUUACCUGAAUUCUUCCAGGAACUUCCUCCUCAUGCUAAAGUUCUCGUUGAAGCCUGCAUCCAAAAGGAUUGGAGACGGAGGCCAUCAGCCAAAAGUCUACUGGAGUCACCUUAUUUUCCCACAACAGUCAAGUCAUCCUACAUGUUUAUUGCACCACUUCAGCUUAUAGCAAGCAAUGGAUCCCGUCUUCAAUAUGCUGCAAAUUUUGCAAAACAAGGAGCCCUGAAAGCAAUGGGAAGCUUUGCAGCUGAAAUGUGUUUACCCUAUUGUAUACCCCUUGUAGUGAAUCCUCAGUCUGAUACUGAGGCUGAAUGGGCUUAUACACUGCUGAAAGAAUUCAUAAAAUGUUUGACACCUAAAGCAGUAAAGAUGGCAGUCUUGCCAGCUAUUCAGAAGAUUCUGCAGACUACAGGGUAUUCACAUUUGAAGGUAUCACUUCUCCAAGGUUCAUUUGUGCAAGAGAUGUGGAACCUCAUUGGUAAACAAGUUUAUUUGGAAAACAUACAUCCUUUAGUUAUAUCAAAUUUGCAUGUUGCUCCUCAUAAGAGUUCAGCUGCUGUUGCUUCUGUGCUUCUGAUCGGCACAAGUGAAGAGCUUGGUGUACCUAUUACUGUUCAUCAGACAAUCUUGCCUUUGAUUCACUGCUUUGGGAAAGGACUCUGUCCUGAUGGAAUUGAUGUGCUGGUUAGAAUUGGUGGUCUUUUGGGUGAGACCUUUAUCAUAAGACAGAUGUUGCCAUUGCUUAAACAAGUGGUCCGAUCUUGUAUCAAUAUUUCAUAUAUGAAUAAGCCAGAGCCUGUGCAAAGUUGGAGUGCUUUAGCCCUCAUUGAUUGUCUGAGCACAUUAGAUGGUCUAGUUUCAUUCUUGCCAAGGGAGAUGGUUGUAAAGGAGCUGAUUGAAGGAAAAAGCUGUUUACAUGUUGCGGUUCUGAUGCAGACGAACUUGGAAAUUCCAGUGCUUCAGGUUGCUGCUACUACUCUCAUGGCAGUUUGUCAGCGAAUUGGACCAGAAUUAACAGCUUUACAUGUCCUACCACAACUCAAAGAACUAUUUGAUGAGCUUGCGUUCUCACAGGAAGCUGCAAAUGGUUCCAGUUCCUUUGGCAGAAACUCAAGGAUUUCCAAAUCCAAAGUAGAUGGGGAGGCUCGAAUCGGGAGCCGCAUGGACCUUGUGUUACUUCUGUAUCCUUCUUUUGCAUCUCUUCUUGGAAUAGAGAAACUUCGUCAGUGUUGUGCUACAUGGUUGCUUCUUGAGCAGCUUCUUCUACGGUGUCAUAAUUGGAAGUGGGAAUAUUCAGGAGAAUUGUCUCGAAGUGGACUGGAAAACAUAACUGCUAAAAGGCCUGUUUUUAACAAGAUUUCAACUUCUGAAUACAAUCCUGCUAAGCUGUUACUUAAUGGGGUUGGGUGGUCAGUUCCACAAUCACAAGGGAUUAGAGGUGCCAAAAACUUGAUAGCUCAGAAACGGUUGGAUGGCAUUCAUCAAAAUUCAGUUGAAAGUCAUAUAGCAUCAAAUCUGUCAAAGCGUGAACCAUGGUUUUGGUUUCCCAGUCCAGCUGACAACUGGGAUGGGCCUGAGUUCCAUGGGCGUAUUGCAAGUCUGAAAGAUGAACUUCCGUGGAAGAUUAGAGCAUCUAUUUUAUAUUCAAUUCGUGCACAUCAUGGAGCAUUAAGAUCUUUGGCUGUUAGCCAAGAUGAGUGUAUGGUUUUUACUGCAGGCAUUGGACCGGGGUUCAAAGGAACAGUUCAAAAAUGGGAACUUUCAAGAAUAAAUUGUAUAUCUGGCUAUUGUGGCCAUGAGGAGGUUGUGAACGACAUUUGUGUGUUGUCAUCCAGUGGAAGAAUAGCAUCUUGUGAUGGAACUGUUCAUGUUUGGAAUAGCAGAACGGGGAAAGUACUAUCACUUUUUGCUGAACCAUCAGUUGAUUCUGCACAUCUUGUCAGCCCUUCGUCCUCUGCAUCAAUGGUUAAUGUUGAUCAUCCUAAUAUGUUGAACUCCAAUACGCUAUCAAGUGGAUUGUUCAGUAGUGCUUUUGAUGGGAGCUUAUACACUUGCAUGCACUAUUUAGAAUCUCUGGAAAUGCUUGCAGUUGGCACUGGAAAUGGUUCUCUCAGGUUUAUUGAUGUUGCCCGGGGUCGAAAGCUUCAUCUUUGGAGGGGUGAAGCUAUUGAGUCUGCUUUUCCAUCUCUUGUCUCUUCCAUAUGCUCAUGUGGAUCUGACAAAACUCAGGAUGAUGGAACUUUUCCUUCACCAUCUUGGAUUGCGGCUGGACUAAGUUCUGGUCAUUGCAGGUUAUUUGAUUUGCGAAGUGGAAAUGUUAUUGCCUCUUGGAGGGCUCAUGAUGGAUAUGUAACAAAGUUGGCUGCACCAGAGGACUAUUUGCUUGUUUCCAGUUCUCUAGACAGGACUCUGCGAAUUUGGGACCUUAGAAGAAAUUUGCCCCCGCAGCCCACUGUUUUUAAAGGUCAUACAGAUGGGAUAUCCAGUUUCUCUGUUUGGGGUCAAGAUGUUAUUUCGAUUUCCAAAAAUAAGAUUGGGCUUUCAACUUUAUCCAGAUCUGUUGAAGAAGAUGGGCAGCAUCAGAUUGCACCGCAGAAACUAUAUGCAGUUGAUCAUGGAAUGAAAAAUUUGUCUGUAUUAUCAAGUAUAAGUAUUUUACCCUUCUCGAGAUUGUUUGUAGUUGGAACAGAAGAUGGUUAUUUGAGAAUAUGUUGUUAGAAGUGCCUCCCGUUGAUGGCAAACCAAAGUUAUAUAUAGUUUUUGUAAGUUGUGCAGCUUGAGUUUUAUUGUACAUCAACUUUCAUAUGCUUAAAACGAACAGCGCAAUUUGAAAUUUUGUAAAUGAACAUGAAUUUAUUUUCCUCUGGUA